AAGUAAUGGCAGCGAUUUCCUAGUCAAAUAAAAAAUAUGCCAAAUAUCCGGCAGGAAUGUUUUUCAUAGUACCAAGAGACGUCAAGAAUGAAGACAUGAAAGUAACUGUUGAGCACAUACAGUUGAGGGUGAUGAAGACCUUCACUGCCGGCCUGUAAAUUUUCUAAUCCAACAAAGACAGUUCUUCAGCAGACGAUAGUUUCGUAAAGCUUAAGUUUAACUGCAUACAGGUUUAGAAACCAUGUAGAAAAAGACAAACCCAGAAUUAUUAGAGUAUAGAAACCCAGAUUCUUCUUCUCCUCCACUUCCUUUUUGGAGAAGUUAUAACAAUUCUCAUUACCCUCCCUCACCUUUACUGUGUGUGUGUGUGCAAGCAAGUUUAGUUAAGGUCCCAAGAAAUGAUAAAGUUGCAAUCUUUAGGGUGACCCACAGCAUAUGGAGUAACAUUUUGUACCAGCCAGGGAAAACUGAUUCAGGAAAAAAAAAAGCCAUGGAAGUUAGUGCUGGUUUAAUUGCAGGCUCUCACCAGCGGAAUGAGCUGAUUGUUUUUCGUCAAAAUGAGUAUGCUGCUAACCCAUUGCAGCAGUCAAGUCGACAGAUUUGCCAAAUAUGCAGCGAUGAAAUUGGAUCGACUGUGGAUGAAGAUCCCUUCAUUGCUUGUAAUGAGUGUGCCUUUCCAGUCUGCAGAAUUUGCUAUGACUACGAGCGCAAAGAAGGCAGCCAAGUCUGCCCUCAAUGCAAGACUCGUUACAACCGUCUCAAAGGGUGUCCAAGAGUGGAGGGCGAUGAAGAAGAGGAUGACAUUGAUGAUGUGGAGAAUGAGUUCAAUUUUGAUCUAAGAAAAACUACAAUAAUGGCUCUGACAUGUUAUGAAGGGAAAUCAAUAUCCUUGGAUCCUUCCAAGGACUUGACGGCUUAUGGCUAUGGAAGUGUUGCAUGGAAGGAGAGGAUGGAGAGCUGGAAGCAGAAACAAGGGAAAUUACAGAUGAUGGGAGAUGGAGAUGAUGAUGAACUCGAUUUAUCACUGUUAGAUGAAGGAAGACAGCCAUUUUCUAGAAAGUUGCCAGUUCCAUCGAGCCAAAUCAACCCGUAUCGUAUGAUCAUCAUCAUUCGCCUUAUUGUUCUUGGCUUCUUCUUCCACUAUCGCAUCACUCACCCUGUCAUCGAUGCAUACGCCUUGUGGCUGACCUCUGUUAUCUGUGAAAUCUGGUUUGCUCUCUCAUGGAUUCUUGAUCAAUUCCCGAAAUGGAACCCUGUUGAUAGGGAGACUUACCUCGACCGCUUGUCCUUGAGGUAUGAAAGUGAAGGCCAGCCAUCUCAGCUCUCUUCGGUUGAUAUAUUUGUGAGUACAUUUGAUCCACUGAAAGAACCACCAUUGGUGACUGGAAACACAAUUCUCUCCAUUCUUGCAGUGGACUACCCUGUUGAUAAGGUCUCGUGCUAUGUCUCAGACGACGGUGCUGCCAUGUUGACAUUUGAAGCAUUAUCAGAAGUGUCAGAAUUUGCUAAGAAAUGGGUUCCUUUCUGCAAGAAAUUCGACAUUGAGCCUCGGGCUCCCGAGCCAUAUUUUGCUCAAAAACUCGAUUAUCUCAGAGAUAAAGUCUCGACUGGAUUCAUCAAAGAGCGAAGAUCAAUGAAGAGAGAAUAUGAGGAAUUUAAAGUCCGGAUUAAUGCUUUGGUGGCGAAGGCACAAAAGGUUCCAGACGAAGGGUGGGUAAUGCAGGAUGGAACCUCUUGGCCUGGAAAUAAUGUUAGAGAACAUCCUGGGAUGAUUCAGGUUUUUCUUGGACAAAGUGGAGAAGGAAAUGAGCUACCAAGGUUAGUAUAUGUGUCGAGAGAAAAGAGACCUGGAUUCAAUCACCAUAGAAAAGCCGGUGCAAUGAAUGCUCUGGUGAGAGUGUCUGGUGUGGUCACGAACGCGCCUUUCGUGUUGAAUUUGGACUGCAAUCACUACAUCAACAACAGCAAGGCGUUAAGGGAGGCGAUGUGUUUCAUGAUGGAUCCAUUGCUGAGAAAGAGAGUGUGCUAUGUUCAGUUCCCUCACAGGUUUCAUGGGAUUGACAGAAAUGUUGUGUUUUUCGACAUUAACAUGAAGGGUUUGGAUGGCAUACAAGGGCCAAUCUAUGUCGGGACCGGUUGUGUGUUUAGAUGACAGGCUCUCUAUGGCCUCGAUGCUCCAAAGAAGAAGAAACCGGAAUCUAGGACAUGCAACUGCUGGUUAAAAUGGUGCCUCUGUGGCUUCUGGGGCCGGGGAGAAAAGAAGAAGAAUAAAAAGAUGCCUAAUGUUGAAACAAGCCCAAUGGUUUCUGACAUGGAAUCUGGAGAGAACUAUCAAGGAAGCAAGGCUGAAAACUGUUCCAUUUCUGAGAACAAGUUAGAAAAGAAGUUUGGGCAGUCUCCUGUUUUUAUCGCAUCUACAUUGCAAGAAAAUGGCGGGGCACUUGGAAGCGCUAGCUCAGCUUCACUGCUGAGAGAAGCCAUUCAUGUAAUAAGCUGUGGGUAUGAAGAGAAAACAGAAUGGGGAAAAGAGGUUGGUUGGAUAUGUGGUUCAGUGACGGAGGAUAUCUUGACAGGCUUCAAAAUGCAUUGCCAUGGGUGGCGAUCGAUAUAUUGUAUGCCUUCCAGGCCUGCAUUUAUAGGAUCUGCUCCCAUCAAUCUCUCAGAUGCUCUGCACCAGGUCCUCCAAUGGGCGGUUGGCUCAACCGAAAUCUUCCUGAGCAGGCAUUGCCCUCUCUGGUAUGGAUAUGGAGGCGGCCUGAAAUGGUUAGAGCGUUUCUCGUACAUAAACGCUACCAUAUAUCCAUUCACAUCUCUCCCGCUACUCGCGUACUGUACCCUCCCAGCCGUGUGUUUCCUCACAGGAAAAUUCAUUACUCCUCAGCUGGACAAUGCUGGCAGCUUGUGGUUCUUGGGUCUCUUCAUCUCCAUUUUCGCCACCACCAUUCUGGAAAUGAACUGGAGCGGGGCUGGCCUCGACGAGUGGUGGAGGAACGAGCAAUUCUGGGUGAUCGGGGGCGUUUCAGCUCACCUGUUUGCCGUCUUCCAAGCUCUGCUAAGAGUUUUGGCUGGAGUUAACACAGACUUCGAGCUCUCAAAGGUUUAUGAAUGCAAAUUAACAUCCAUUCUCAUCCCUCCAACCACUUUACUGAUAAUAAACAUCAUAGGAGUUGCUGUUGGCAUCUCUGGGGCAAUGAAAAAUGGGUAUGUUUCAUUUGGCCCUCUGUUUGGUAAGAUGUUCUUUGCUUUCUGGGUGAUAGCCCAUCUCUAUCCAUUCUUGAAAGGUGUAUUGGGAAGACAGAACAGAACUCCCACAGUCAUUGUUGUCUGGUCAAUCUUGCUUGCCUCUGUGUUCUCACUGCUGUGGGUUAGAAUUGAUCCAUUUUUGGGCAACUCAGAUGGCCCAGUAUUAGAAGACUGUGGAAUAGAUUGUAACUGACACACAAACCUCAAAUUCACACAAUUGUUUCUAUACAGUGAAUGAAGAUGAAAUGGAUGUUGGAUAAUUUAUAGAGAA